AUGGAGACGGUCCCCCAAACCAGCCGGCGGAAGGCAUGCGAUCUUUGCUUUAUCAAAAAGAUCAAAUGCGACAUGGGGAAGCCGUCAUGUUCCAACUGCCGGCAGUACGGGGCUGCAUGUCGAACUACGGCAGUCCGCCGGCGAUAUAGCAAGGUACGGAGCCAACAUGAACGAGCGAACGUAUCAGCAACGUCGAGUUCAGCAGUCACCGAGCCCCCGGGUCGGACAAGUGAGAGUCGACCCAGUCCGCUAGAACAACGACUUGCUCGCAUCGAGAAUCAACUCCAGCAGGUCCUCACAGUAACCUCCGCGGCGGUCAAGCUCAUGGGAGAGUUGCCCCUUGCCGGAUUAAACAAUACUGGCGGGAGUUCCCAGGCUAGAAAUGUCGAUGCAUUCAUGCGACAAGGUGACGCCAACGAUGAUACUGCUGUGGACGUGAUAGCCUUCCCGGCCAGUAUCCCGGCCAGUAUCAGAGAGUGCGGACUGGAAACAAGAUCUGCGCUCAAGCUUCCACCAGGUAACGAGAUCCUCCCGAUCGUAAACCGUUACUUUACGCAUAUCAACACCCUAAUUCCGCUCUUCGCUCAACCUGCCUUCAUGCGGAUGCUACUCGAGUGGUACAGCAACCCGGCGAGCCGCGAACGGGCCGCGUGGGCAUGCAUCAACAUUGUACUAGCCCUCGGAUCUCGGUACCCCGCCGUCCCAGGUCAGGAUGUGGGCUUAUCUCGGCAUGAGCCGGGCUUCGUGCGCUACAUGAGCAAUGCCCGGUCCGCCCUGGCCGAACUGGUGAUGCGUGAUGAAGACUUGCUCGGCUUGCAAGUCCUAUUGGGCCUCGUCAUCCUGUAUCAGGCCGAAAACGACAGCCGACCGGCAGUAGUGUUGAUCGGUGCUGCCGUGCGGCUGACGCAUCGCCUGCGACUGCAAUCCAAGCUGGACAUCGAGGCGCUCUACCCUCCUAAGGAGGGACUCCAUCGCUCUCGCCUCUUCUGGAUCACUUAUAUGCUCGAUAAAGAGAUCUCGCUCCGGCACUUCACACCAUCAGUCCAGCUAGAUGUGGACACGGACUUGGAUCUGCCACCCGCUGACCCAGCGGAUGGGGCUGGCGACAUGCACACCACGGAUGGGGGCGCACGGGUCAACUAUUUCCGCUUGCGACUGAGGCUUGCUCAUAUCCAAGGCCGGGUCUACGACUUGCUGUACUCAAAUCGCAGUAGUAAGGUCUCGGCACAGGAGAAGGAAUCUCGUGUAUUGCGAUUGAACCAGCAGCUUGAGAGCUGGAGGAGUGAGAUUCCGACGCCAAUGCAGUUGGGUUCGAUCGCAACAAGCCUGGGGCGCAUGGAGCUGUUAUUCAUGUCGACCUUGUACUGUGGCUAUCUCUUCUCCCUGGUUAUGGCCCAUGGCAUUUGGAGUACUCGGGCGGACUGGCUCAACCUGCUUUCGAGCCAUACCCGCGCCAUGGUCCUCGGAAGCGAGAGUCAUGGGCACAGAUGCUUCGGCGCUUUGAACCCGCCAACUGAAUGGGCUUGGAAGCACUGUCUCGGCGUCAGCAGGGAAUGCUUGACUAUUGCAAGAACAAUACCGCCAAGCGAUUGUAACUUUUGGGCCAACUGCCCAUCGCUGAUCACGGCACUGAUUGCAAUCAUGUGCGACAUAUGUGAACAUCCUGGACGCGACACGGUACAGCAGGAUAUGAGACUCUGCCGCUUUGCACUCAGCCUCUUCCAUAAGGCCACAGAAGUUUCGAUACUCCUCCCCCUAAAGAACAUGGAAAUGAUGCUUGUUGAAUUGGAGUUUGCUGCGGAAAUGGUGGCCGAAAAUGCUGCAAGCGAAGGCCACGCUGAAGGCGAGAAUCCGGUGUUGAGUGACUUGAGGCUAAGCGGUGAUGGAACACUGGCAACCUCGAACACACCUGCGCUUUGGCUUGAGGGUCAGUUUGACGGCAUCGAUUACAGUACUUAG